AUGAAGAAGGGUGCGGCCGAGGCAAGCCGAAAAAGAGUGGCCGAGUCAAAUUCAUCGGAUAGUGCCGGUGAGGAUGGUGUUGGUGUUGCGGUGAAAACAGCUACAUUGACACGGAAGCGGCGAAAAAAUCCGAUGAUACAAUCGUCCACUACUCGAAAAGUAUGCACAGAAGAGGUUUCUACAUCGUCGUCAUCGUCUUCGGAUGGAGAUACUGGUUCAGAUUCAUCGGAAAAAAUGCGACAAAUGAGUGCCGAUGAUCCGCUCCGUGUUACAUUUGCAUCCAGUGGCGCGGCCCGUGCCGGGCCAUCAGAUUUGGGUGCCACAGCAGUUAGCGAAAUUGACACCGAAACAAGUUGUGAUGCACAGGCACAGUUCGAACGAGUCCAGCAAAUUUUGAAAGAGGAAGAUCGCGAUGACAAGAUUUAUCGUGGUGCAGCAGUGUACGGAGCGAAAGAGAAGAAAGAUACGGUUUGGGGAAAUGCCUCAUCGGGGCUGAAUCGAUUUGGCCCGAUCAGGGCACCUGGUUUUGUGCGCCAGUCAGUAAGAUGGGAUUUUGCUCCGGAUAUUUGCAAGGAUUAUAAGGAGACUGGCUUCUGUACUUUUGGGGAUUCAUGCAAAUUCUUACACGAUCGAACCGAUUACAAGCAUGGCUGGGAGAUUGAACGGGAUUAUGAGGCUGGCAGACUGAAAGAAGAUGAUCCGGACAAGUACCUCAUAAGUAGCGAUGAAGAAGAGGAGGCAAAUGAUCUACCAUACAAAUGCUUCAUUUGUCGCCAAUCUUUUGUGAAUCCAGUUGUCACGAAGUAAGA